UCUUGCAGCGGUUGAGCCUUUGCCGAACGUGGUGGAGCUGUGGCAGGCAGAAGAAGGGGAACUCCUGCUGCCCACUCAGGGUGAUUCUGAAGAGGAUGUGGAGGACCAUUCUCAAGAGCAAAGCUUCUCAGACAAGCUAUUUAGUGGAAAGGGCUUACAUUUUCAGCCAUCAGUUCUAGAUUUUGGGAUUCAAUUCCUGGGACACCCUGUAGCAAAGAUCCUCUAUGCGUAUAACCCUAGCAGGGAGAGCGAGGUGGUGGUGAAUUCCGUGUUUACAACCGCAGGACAUUUCCACGUGCCUCCCGUUCACUGCAGGGUAAUUCCUGCAAUGGGGAGAACCUCCUUCAGAAUUAUUUUCUUACCCACUGAAGAAGGAAGCAUUGAAAGUUCUUUAUUUAUUAAUACCUCCUCAUACGGAGUCCUUUCCUAUCAUGUAUCUGGAGUUGGCACUCGCAGAAUCUCUGCAGGAGGGUCUGCAAAGCAGCUACCGAACGCUUACUUCCUCCUCCCACAGGUCCAGAGCAUUCAGCUUUCGCAGACACAGGCAGAAACCACUAAUACUAGCCUCUUACAGGUGCAACUGGAAUGCAGUUUACAUAAUAAAGUGUGUCAGCAAUUAAAGAGUUGUUACGUGGAAUCUGAUGAUGUUUUACGGCUACAAAUGAGCAUAAUUGUGACAAUGGGAAACUCCUCCAAAGAAUUUGAAGAAAACACACAAGAUUUGUUAGAUCAUCUCUCUAUCAUUUAUGUAGCGACAGAUAAAUCUGAGACUUCAGAUGAUUCGGCGGUAAAUAUGUAUAUAUUGCAUUCAGGAGACAGCCUUCUAUGGAUACAGGAUGUCCAUCAUUUCUCACAGAGAGAUGCCCUGUCUCUGCAGUUUGAACCAGUGCUCCUACCUACUUCUGCAACAAACUUUACAAAAAUUGCUUCUUUUACUUGCAAAGCUACGUUGUCGUGUGACAGUGGAAUGAAAGAAGAUGUGAAGGAAACAAAACACACUCCAACACUAAAAGCCUGCCUCUCCGCUCCUGUGGUUCAAGGGUACUUUAGAAUGGACUCCUCUGCAACCCAGUUUCACAUGGAGACUCACGAGAACGCGUCAGGACUUUGGUCAAUGUGGUACCUCAACCAUUUUGACCGUAGCAUUGUCUUGCAUGAUGUGUUUGUUUCCAAGGAGACCAAGCACAUUUUAAAGAUUCUGAAUUUCACUGGCCCUUUAUUUCUACCUCCAGGCUGUUGGAAAAUAUUUUCUUUGAAACUUGCUGUUAAAGACAUUGCCAUAAAUCUAUUCACCCAUGUAUUUCUGACUACCAACAUAGGUGCCAGUUUUGUAAUACCUCUGCAUAUUUACUCAGCCCCGACCAAGGAAGGGAGUCUGGGUUUUGAAGUGAUAGCACAUUGUGGCAUGCAUUAUUUCAUGGGAAAAUCAAAAGCGGAAGAUCCUAAUUGGGAAGGGAGCCUUUCUCUGGAUCGGUCUACCUGGGAUGUGGAUUCCGAACUUUCAAAUAAGUUGUAUGAAAGAUGGAAGAAAUUUAAAAAUGGUGAUGUCUGCAGGAGGAGUGUAUUAGGAACAACACGGUUUGCCCACUUGAAGCGAUCCAGGGAGUCAGAACCCUUUGCUUCCUUCCUGCCUCGCCUGAUCCCUCAGCCUGGCAUCAUGCUGAACUUCAGUGCCACCGCCCUGAGGAGCAGCGUGGUGAAGUACUUUGUAGUGAAGAAUCCUUCCUCUCUGCCGGUCUCCCUGCAGCUCCUGCCCAUCUCCCUGUACCCCAGACCCGAGGCCGCUGUGCGCCUGCUCCACAAAUGGUUUGGCACCGAUACACAGAUGAUUAAUUUCACAACUGGUGAAUUCCAGCUCACCAAAGCUUGCCCUUACCAGGGUGUGCAUGCUGAAGAAUCCGGGUUUGGCGUCCUCCACUUACAUUUGCAGCCUUUGGAAAUGAAAAGGGUUGGAGUAGUUUUCACACCAGCUGACUAUGGGAAAGUGACUUCACUCAUCCUAAUCCGGUAUUUAAAUAAAAUUUGCCGGUUCAUCUGUACUAAAUCUCACUUUCCAUCCUCACUAGAACUGAAAGACAGCAAGCAAAUUUUAUCUAUUACAAAGAACUUCAAGGUUGAGAAUAUCGGACCGCUUCCUAUAACUGUGACGUCUCUGAAAAUUAAUGGGUAUAAUUGCCAAGGUUAUGGCUUCGAAGUGCUAGACUGUCAUCAGUUUUCCUUGGACCCCAGCACAUCCCGGGACAUCAGCAUUGUGUUUACUCCAGACUUCACCUCUUCCUGGGUCAUUCGUGAGCUGACUCUUGUGACGGCAGCAGACCUCGAGUUUCGUUUUACUCUCAACGUGACCCUCCCACAUCACCUGCUGCCUCUGUGUGCGGACGUGGUUCCAGGGCCCAGCUGGGAGGAGUCGUUUUGGAGGCUCACGGUUUUCUUUGUCGGUCUGUCCCUGUUGGGUGUCAUUUUAAUAGCCUUCCAACAAGCGCAGUACAUUCUGAUGGAGUUCAUGAAAACGAGACAGAGGCAGAACGCCAGCUCCUCUUCACAGCAGAGCAGUGGUCCAGUGGAUGUCAUCGGCCCCCAUUCCCAGAAAAGCAGCUGCAAGAACUUUCUCGACACCUACAACGCGGCCGCGCUCAGGGAGCGCGAGCCCUGUCCCCUGAAGCCCCCGAAGAAACUGCCCGAAAGUCAUCUGCCGAGAAAUCCACCUCAGUACCCGCCAGACCUGCCCGAAGUUUCCAGGAGAAGUAACGGGAAUAACCAGCAAGUGCCUGUCAAGAAUGAAGCAGACAAUUGUGAAACUUUGAAAAAGGUUGACACAAAGUCUUCUUCAGAAAAGAAGAUUCACAAAGCAUCUAAAGAAGACAUGUGUUCUGAGAAACAGGACAUACCUUCAGUCGAGCAAGAAGAUCCUUCUAGGAAGAAGAAGCUUCAGGAGAAGAAAGAAGGAAGUUUACAAAAUUUAAAUUGGAAUAAGAAUCGAACGUGUAGAAAAAACAAGAAAAGGAGUGCUGCCCAGGUCUUGAGGCCUUCUGAACAGAGUGAAUUAAAGCUUGCGUGCAGUGAAUUUGAAAGGUCAGAGCUGAGUGGCGACCUGGAUGUAAGAAGCUGGUGCAUCCAGGAAAACCCCGGGGAAACGUGUAAAACAGAUGCUGGCCUGGGCUGCAGCUUACCUGCCGCGCAGGGAGAGGCAGAGGGUUACUACCAGGAUUCCGGGAAGAAGUGCGGGGAGAAGUCCUGCUCAGACUCCAGCUCGGACUGCGGCAGCUCCUCGGGGAGCGUGCGUGCCAGCCGGGGCAGCUGGGGCAGCUGGAGCAGCACCAGCAGCUCCGACGGGGACAAGAAGCUCACGGCGGGCCCCCAGCACUUCCAGCCGGCCGGAGACAGUGUUUUGCAAAGUGACUUUCCCCCCGAAACCCCCAUCAUCUUGAAUCUUUCUCAUAACAUCUGCAACCCCACACAUGCGACUGACCUCCCCCGGUUCUCGAAUGCUCCCUGUCCCAGCCUUCCUGCUGGACCUGCGGGUGUUGAGGAAGACAAAGGUCUGUACCCGCCGGGAGACCUGUGGCCCUCGCAGCCCGUGUGUGUGACGAGUGGCUUCAGCUGCGCCCUGGAAAGCGGCAUGCCAGCUGGGGUGCAGGGACCCGCCCCGCUACCCAACAGCAGUUUCAUUGAUUGGAGCGCGACCUGUGAAGGCCAGUUUCCCGGUGUGUACUGCCCCCUGGAACUGAACGACUACAACGCCUUUCCAGAAGAAAACAUGAACUACCCCAAUGGCUUCCCCUGUCCUGCCGAAGUUCAGACGGACUUUGUUGACCACAGCUCCCAGUCUGCCUGGAACAGCCCCCCCAGCGUGCCGACCGCCUGGGGACACGCUGGGCUCAUCAGUUCUCCGCCCUACCUCACAAGCACCCGAAGCUUGUCUCCAAUGUCUGGACUUUUUGGUUCCAUCUGGGCCCCGCAAAACGACGUAUAUGACAACUGUUGCCCUGUCAGUCCCACCACGGAGCACUCGACUCACUUGGACAACCAGGCGGUCAUGUGCAAGGAAUACUACCCGGGGUUUAACCCGUUUCGUGCCUACAUGAACCUGGACAUAUGGACUACCACAGCCAACAGGAACGCAAAUUUCCCGCUGUCCAGGGACUCCGGUUACUGUGGGAAUGUGUGAAAAGAAGAGUCGGAUUUUUAAACAAUGUGAAUAAAGAGGCUUGUGUUUGGAUGAUAGCAUAAACUGGCUGUUGAAAUAGAUUGACAUUGGUGGAUAUUUUGGCACUUUUAUAUGAAAAUAAAUUUUUUUAUGAAA